AUGUGGCUCAUACUAUUUUUGGCAUUUAUCGUUGCAUUAAUCAUUUAUCUAAAGUUAAAAUAUUUUACAUUUCGCAGUUCAGUACCCGGUUUGCCACCUCAAUUUUUAUUUGGCAAUUUGCUUCAAACUGGAUUAUUAAAAGGAACUUCUCUUCCUCAAAUAUAUACAUCGCUGAAAAAUCGUUUCGGUGAUAUUUAUCAACUUCAAUUUGGGUUGGUUCAUGCUUUCAUUAUCGGUAAUAUCGACGAUAUUCAACAUAUUUUGAAUCAUCGACAUAUUUAUGAUCAAGGUGAUUGGGCCGUAGAACUAGUAGGCGCUCUUUUUCCAAAUGGCCUCAUUACUCUAAAAGGAGCUAAACACAAACGACAUGCUGCAGUCACGAUACCCCUAUUUCGUCGAGCUAAAAUUAUUUCAAAUUUCGAUUCAAUUAUCGAUUGUACUGAGAAAUUAUUGGACAAUUGGCGUACAUUUUCAAAUGAGCACAUACAUUGUGAUAUUGUACAGCAAUGUCAAAAUCUUUUACUUCAAAUUUUUGGAUUAAUUGCAUUUGAUUAUGAUUUGGAAACGAUAAAUGGAAGCAAUACUAACGAGUUUACACAGGCUCUAAGAAACUUUACCAAUGCGGUUGAACUAACAGCUUUUUUACCUAGUUUUAUCUUAAGAAUCUAUGCAAUAUUAAGUUCUCAAUAUCGACAAGAUCGUGCAACCGCUGAACGAUAUUUAUAUCGAAUGAUAGAACACGAAUUAAAUGAAACUGCUGAAUCAAGAGCUCUACGAAAGAAAACAUCUUUAAUUGCUUCACUUGUUGAUUCAUUACAAACUGAUGAAAAAGCUGAAGCAAAAAAAAGUGAAGAAGAGAAAAAAGGUAAAAUAUAA